AUGCCUCAAACAAUAAUCAGUUAUUGGAGCUUAAAAGUAAUGGAGUAUCAACUCGGUACAUAAAGAAGAUAGCUCCAUAUUCUUCGUUACAGCUCAGUUAAUAACCAAUACAAUUAUAAAUACUCAUUAAGAUAUAUUGUAAAUGAUGUUUAGGUAUCAUAAACAACUGGUGAUAUUAUUUGCUUCUUAGUAUAUUAAGUUUACCUCAUCUAAAUAGCGAUUUUUAACGCCUACAAAAAUUAAAAUCCUGUUUAUGUAUCUAAGUAAUUCUACAAUGUUUGCUCAAAUCACAUAGGAUAUUUCAAUUAAAACUAAGACACUAUUUACUAUUCAGAUUUUUUUACAGGAAUAAUUAGCAUGAACCUUCUCAACUAGUAUAAAAUAAAGUUAUUUAGUAGCGACAAUUUAAAUCCUUAUAAUUAGGCAUAAAUAGUUUCUGUUAAAGACAAUACUGUCCUAUAGGUAAUUCCUAUAGUCUUUCUCAUGAUAAGUUUAGAUGAUCCAAAUCUCCAAUUAUAGCAAUUAAAAUAAGUUAUAGUUGAUGAUAGAUAUUAAAUAACUAUUUUGUUAUAAGUAUUAAAAUAAUGA